UGAUGAUGAUGAUGUUGGCUCAUUACGAGCUGCCUGCAUAUUAUGUGCAGGCCAGCAGUGCAGCGGCUCAGAAGCGACUUUGCCGUUGCCGUUGGAGCAUUGACAACUGCAGGCCGCCACACACACACGCACAUACACACACACACACACACACAAUAUGUGUAUAAAUAUAUAUGUAAUACACCAACAUUGAGGACAUCAGCACCAAAUUCUGAAGCUGAAGCCUCAGUCUCAGCCUCAGCCUGCGACGACUGCGACAGCGACGCUGAUCUCAAAAACACAUUUUCUGGGCAACAUUAUUUUUCGUAUAGUUCGGAACCAUUUAGAUGAACAUCAGUUAGCUAUCGGAUUGGACGUGCGACGUUCCAAAGAGCCAACCAGAACCAGAAUCAGUAUCAGAAUCAGAAUCAUAACCAGAGCCAGCCCAACCAAAUUAAAUCAAACCAAGUCAGCCCAGGCAAUUCAGUCAGCCGUAGUUCGCCUCAGUUUCACCCUGUUCAUUGACAGACAGUACAGCUUAAGUGCAAAUUCAGUGCAAGUGAGGUUCAGCAGCCAACAGGACAUAGACACCAUCAGGACACCUUUAACAGUGCCAGUGCAAUGCCAGAAACAGUCCGCCGCACCCUGAAAAGGAGCGAGCAACGUGGAUCCAUCAUCACGUCCUCCCCCAAACCGCCUUUUUUGUUCGAGUGCUGAGAAACUGUUUUUUUCAAGUGAAUAACAAAGAAUUAACAAAGCCGCUGCAAAGUGCGAAUAAUUAGCAAUCAAAACUGAACUAAGAUCACAACCCAAGCCAUACCAAUCCAACCAAUCCAAUACAGAACAAACUGAGAAUCAAGUGCGUGAGUGCCAGUUGUAUCCAUCGCAUCCGCAUGCCAAGCUCCCAGCCACAGGACACCCAAGCCUAAGACGACUCCGAUCGCAGUUAAGUAAUCAUUAGUGAAAAGUCCAUCUGCAGCCUCACAGUCCGGCAAUCGGUCCAGUAAUCAGCAGCCAGAAGGAGCAGCGCAGCGCAAAGGAUUGCAUCGCAUCGCAUAGAAUAGCAUCCUUUGUUUCGGUGGGCCAGGCCGCCAGAAAGCCGUCAAAAUACGAAAGAAGGUGACCUCGAAGAAGGCCAGCGUUGUGUCGGUUGACGACGAUCACAACAACAAUAACAACCACAACAACGACCACAACGCUCGGCAGCCCACAAGCAACGCAACAGCAACAACCACAACAGCAAACCUAAGCACACCCACAACAAUAUCAACACCAACACCAACACCGAUAGCAACGCCCGCAGCCACGCCCACACCCGCUGACCCAGAGCAGCAGGAGUGCCCACAGCCGAGGAGCAACAAUCAGAUCCCGAUCCACAGCCCGAACCACAACCAGACACAACCCAUUGAGAUGGACGACACACAGCACUUCUGCCUCCGCUGGAACAACUACCAGAGCAGCAUAACCUCGGCGUUCGAGAAUCUACGGGACGACGAGGCCUUCGUGGAUGUGACCCUCGCCUGCGAGGGACGCAGCAUCAAGGCCCACCGCGUUGUCCUCUCCGCCUGCAGUCCCUACUUCCGCGAGCUGCUCAAGAGCACACCCUGCAAACACCCGGUCAUACUGCUGCAGGAUGUCAACUUCAUGGACCUGCACGCCCUGGUGGAGUUCAUCUACCACGGCGAGGUCAACGUGCACCAGAAGUCCCUGCAGUCCUUCCUCAAGACCGCCGAGGUGCUGCGCGUCUCAGGACUCACGCAGCAGCAGGCAGAGGACACACACAGCCAUCUGGCCCAGAUACAGAACCUGGCCAAUUCAGGCGGCCGCACGCCGCUCAACACGCACACCCACUCGCUACCACAUCCGCACCACGGUUCGCUGCACGACGAUGGCGGCUCCUCGACCCUCUUCAGCCGCCAGGGAGCGGGCUCGCCGCCGCCGACGGCGGUGCCGUCGCUGCCCUCGCACAUCAACAACCAGCUGCUGAAGCGCAUGGCCAUGAUGCACCGCAGCAGUGCCGCCGCCGCCGCCGAGGAGUCCUCUCACGCCCUCAAGCGGCUGCGCGGCUCCGACAACGGUCUGCCGCUGUCCGGCGUCGUUGGUAGUGGCAGCAACAACAACAGCCCCGACUUGCCGCCGCUCCACGCGCGCAGCGCCUCGCCCCAGCAGACUCCGGCCGACUUCAGUACGAUCAAGCACCACAACAACAACAAUACGCCGCCGCUGAAGGAGGAGAAGCGCAACGGACCCACAGGCAACGGAAACUCAGGCAACAACAACGGCAACGGAACGAGCAACGGCAACGGAAUCUCCAUCAGCGAUAAGCUGGGCAGCCUCACACCCUCGCCGCUGGCUCGAGCGGGUGCCGAUGACGUCAAGUCGGAGCCCAUGGAGCUGGUCUGCUCCAACAACAAUGCCAACGCCAACGACGAGCACAGCAACGACUCCACCGGCGAGCACGAUGCCAAUCGCUCCAGUAGUGGCGACGGCGGCAAGGGAUCCCUGAGCUCCGGCAACGACGAGGAGAUCGGCGACGGACUCGCUUCCCACCACGCCGCCCCACAGUUCAUAAUGUCGCCGGCGGAGAACAAGAUGUUCCAUGCAGCCGCCUUCAACUUCCCCAAUAUCGAUCCCUCAGCGUUGCUAGGUCUCAACACUCAGUUGCAGCAGUCCGGUGACCUCGCCGUGUCCCCUCAAGGUGGCAGCACCGGCAGCCUACUCAGUGGCGUCAUUGUGCCCGGCGGUAGUGGUGGCACCCCUAGUAAUAGUAGUAGCAACAACAACAACAACAACAAUCAACAACAAAAAGUAGAACAACAGUCAUCACCACACCAACUCCUCCAACAACAACAUCAUUCCACACCACAUACCAACAGUCCACAACUGAAGCAGGAACAACCGAAGUCGGGCGCCGGGAGCUGCAAGUCCAGCGACCUGCACAUUGCAGCGGGCAGUGAGCGCAGCCUCUCCCGAUCCUCCCAAGGAAUGCCAGACGCCGGCGGGCACAGUGCCACGCCCUCGCCCACCGCCGCCUAUCACAAGCGCGAGAGGGAGCGCGAAAGAGAGCGCGAACGGGAGCGUGAGCGGGAACGAUCGCUCGACCAUGAGCGCGACAUGGAGAGACCAGGCGGCACGGGAUCCCCACCACCGCCGCCGCCGUCGCACCACUCACAUUUCGGCCAGCACCCACUGUCGCUGUUGCCCAGCCACCACCAGUUGCACGCCACCCACCACGAACUGAGCGCCGCCGCCGCCCACCACGCUCACGCCCAUGCGCAUGCCGCCCACGCCCAUGCCUUGGCCCGCGCCGGAUCGCCCAUGGAGCACCACCACCUGUUGCACCACAGACGCGCCUCGCUCUCGCCCUCAGGCGCCGUUUCCUCCGCCAGCGGAGCGGGCGGACGCGGAGGCGGAGGUGGCGGACCAGGUGGACCAGGCGGCAGCCUGCUGUCAUCUGUGCGCGCCCAGGACGUGGCGCAGGCCAAUAGACUCCUCCUGCCCCUGCCACUCAACGCCUGCCACCGGUGCGACGUGUGCGGCAAACUGCUGAGCACCAAGCUCACGCUGAAGCGCCACAAGGAGCAGCAGCACCUGCAGCCGCUGAACAACGCCGUGUGCAACCUGUGCCACAAGGUCUUCCGCACGCUGAACUCGCUGAACAACCACAAGAGCAUCUAUCAUCGCCGCCAGAAGAACCACCACUCGUACUUCCAUCACGGCGCCGGUGUGAGCCAAGCGGGCAGUCCGGGCAGCAGGCUGCAUCAGUCCCUCAGUUCGCUGAGCGCAGCAGCGGCGGCGGCCAACAAUAGCGUCAAUGUGGGCGGUGGAGCGGUCGGCGGGGCUGGGGGCAAUGCAGUGGCUGCUGCCGCAGCCGCAGCAGCCGCGGCGGCCGAACUGCUUCUCUCUCCGAUCGUUGGAGCCGCUGCCGUGGCCGGGGGCACGGCCAGCUCCACGCUCCAGCUGGCGGCGGCGCACCAGCAGCAGCAGCAACAGUCGUCGCCGGGCAUUGUCAAGCCGUGCAUGGACUUCUUAUAAGAUCAGCAGCAACUCUUGCAGCAGCUGUUCCACGUGGCGCUCAACAACUCCGCGGCGGCAGCGGCGGCUGCAGCGGCAGCAGCUGCGGCGGGUGGAUCUGGAGGAGGUCCAGGCGGAGUGGGAGGGGGAGUGGGAGUAGGAGCUGGGCCGGAGUCGAUCAACGGAGGCGGACAGGAGUACGGCGGAGUGCAGGGGCCCAGUGGCACGCCCACUGUCGAUCUCACCCAGCUGGAGCAUACGGCCGGUGGCGGUGGAUUCUCAGCCGCAGCCGCCGCCGCCGCCCUACAGCACCACCUGCCACACCACCUAGCACACCAGCAUCCGAUGUCCCACCAACAUCCCCACCAGCUGACGCACCCGCACCCCCACCCCCAUCCGCACCAGCAUCCAUAUGAACGCAUGAAUUUACUAGACCAAUAAGCGAGGCGCCAGAAAGUAUGCUACGAAUGAUGAUCGGGCACCAGACACAUGCACACGCGCACACAAAGGCACACACACACACACACACGCAAAGAAGGAGAAGGAGAAGGAGGAAAAAGGAAAAGGAGGAGAAGAACCGACCGAACGAAAAGGAGCAGAGGGAGAUUAGGACUACUACUACCACGUAGACAUUUCAAUUUCGGAUCUCACAGAACGGAAAAUUCAAAGACUUUUUCGGCCAGAACAAAAACGAAAGAAAACUGAAAUACAAUGGCGAACAUCGAGUUAAAGCAAUGAUAAAAUGAUGAAAGCGCAAGCAAGGAGAGGAAAGGAAGACAAAAACAUUUUUAGGCAAAUGGAAAAACUGUGAUUAUUUACGACUUGAUUAUAAAGCAAGCAAAAACAAAGGUCUUUUACGAUAAAGCUAUAUAUGUAGCUAUAUACAAGCAUAAUACACACACCGACUCCCACCCACACACACACACACACGCACACCCAUUCAGAUCGCGCUGGAAUCGGACUCGUAUACAUAUAAGGAUUUUUUUUGACCAUCCCAAAUUGGGAUGCGAAUAGAGUUUGUCACUAAAAACUAGAUUAGGAGAAGCAGCGCUCCAACGCUUGGAGCCUGGAGCACAGGAUAGAAGACUGUUAACCAUGCCACAUGCCACAUUACCAUCCUCAUGCUCAUAUGCUCACAUGCCCCACACACACGCCCCUGAGUAUUACCCACUAAAUGCGCUAAUUGCCAACCCAUCGUCACAACACUCUGAAUCAGAAACAGAAACUGAAUCCGAUCCGGAGCGCAAGGAACCGAUCCCCGUAUCGAUGUGGGCGGGGAUGCAGCCGGGAAUCACACUGAAUCGAAAUCACUGAACCAAUGUGCAACAUUGCCCGGUAUAUCUGUACAGCUUCUAACUCUAUUCUAUCUUCUUCACCACUGCACACACUCAUGAACAGAAAACGAACAAACAACCAAUGCAUAUAUAUAUAUUUUUUUUUUUGUUUUUUGAUAUCAUUGUAAGAUAUGAGAUACAGAUAUAUAUACAGAUAUAUAUAUAUAUAUAUAUACAUAAACAUAUGUGUACAUUUAGCAGCCACUAAAUAUUCAUCAAAUGAGUAGCAAGGUCAAUGUAAAAAAAACCACAACAAUGUAAACCUAGCCCUAAGUGAACGAGUGUGUAAUACGAUUUUUUUUUACUUAUCUACAACUAAGAGCGUUGCUCCUAAGAACCACACACGAGUAUACAUAAUAUACAUAAUAUGUAAAAAUGUAUUUGCAUAACUAUGAGACGAAUACGAUAUGAAUACUACACGAUGAAUAUAACUAAGACUAUGACUCAGCAUAACGCAUACACAGCAAGGCAUAAAUCAAUUUUGAGAUGAAAGUCGGGUGUUCGGAGAUCUUGGAUCGUGUGUAUAGGUGGAAAUAGCACUGAGUGGAGGUAAUGAGAUGAGUAAACUGAGUAGUAAACUGAGUAAAAUUACUGAGUAAAAUGACUAAGAUGACGAGAGGGAAAGUCGUGCGCGUUUCGAAGCUUGGGAAGAGAGGAUGGGAACACGGGGACCAGGACUGACUAGUUUUAAACUCAACCGAAGGGCGGUGCGAUGGGCACUCAUCGAUAAACGUUAGCUUAUAGCUGAAAAUCGACAAGGAACAAUUAAAUUGACGGUCCCCAUUUAAAGCGCCGGCACUUAUGGUACAGUACAUAUACUAUGCUUUCCAAUUGGCACACUUUGCGACUCAAAAUGUGUAAUCAAAAUUAGCGACCAGAUAUAUUAUGUAUGUAUGUAGAUGGUUUACUUUGCUUCCAGCACACCUUACCUUAAUUUGAAGACUGAUCACUCGAAGUAGAACUUUGGAGGGGGCGAGGUUUAGAACUAGAACAGGCCGUAGUAGCAGGUGGUCUCAGGCAAAGAAACCGCGGGAAACGACACUAUUUUUAGGCGCGUGCAAUUUCAUCUUGGGUUUUCCAUUUGAGGUCCCCCAUAAGCUUUGGGAUGGCGAUAGAAGGGAUGGUAGCCUUAGUUAAAGGUCAGGCCUAUAUGACCGAUAGUAUCUAUAUAUCUAUAGAUAGAAAGGUAGAGAGAGAUAGAAAGAGAGAGAGCGAGAGCGAGAGAGAUGAGGAAAGGGAGUGGAAAUAAGUUUGAGCGCUGAUACGUUGUAUGCGAGUAUAGUCGAAUUUUAUAUUUUAUACAACCUAUUAUAAUUAACUCUUAAUGUAACUCACCCACGCAUAAUCUAGGCGCAUGGCGAAAUUACCAAUUUCCCCAAUGUAUGUAUUUUUUUUCUUGCUUUUUUUGGCAAACGAAAAGUCUGAAAAGUUGAUUAAGUUGAAUCAUCUACGUUUUGAUACCAAAAUUCGAUUUACAUAGCUUAUGCACAUACGAAUACGACUACAUUAAGUUCACCGUACGAGUACACCCAUAACUGUGUCCGUAUCCAAAUCUGUAUCCUAUCUAUAAGGAGAACCCUCCGUUUGUUACGACCCACGCGAUCUGAAAUCGCCAGCUGCAAUGCCAUAUACAGAGCAUACGAGUGCUCCGACCUCACCCCCAAUGUCACCUCGUUUUUUUUUAUUAUAUUCAAUAAAUGUGGAAUUGUAAAUCCAGACGCAUGUAUGUAUGUAUGAGUACCGAGUACUGAGUCACACAUAGCAGCUCAAGGAAAUGGAAGUUCAAAUGUCGAUUAUUUAACACAUGUACUUCUUACAGACUCACAGACAUUGCAGAUAACCGAUAACAGCUACCAGAUAACAGAUACCAGAUAACAGUUCACAGUUUACAGUUCGCAGAUCGCAAAACCCAGUGUGUAUGAGAGAGGGUCGUCAUGUGAGUACUGAGCCCAGGAGUUACUCAACUUAUUACACUGAAGACCUAGCCAACUAACUAACUAAAUAGCAUAUUGAUACUCGAAAUAGCAGCAGUAAGGCCUCGAUAAGCGAGGAGUCCUAACAGAUGAAUACUGAAAUACCGAAAUACAGAAAAACAGAAAACCCAAAACCGAAAUCAGAUAUCAGAAUACCGACUAAACAACCGAAUACCAACUAAUAAUCAAUAGUAGGUUCGCCUGUUUAUCUUGUGCACUAAGAAUAUUUUUGUCCUAUUCGUAUAGAUGUUCCCACAGACUCCCCUAACAGAAGUUCCCAAAUCCCUUGCCCCUUGACCACAGCCCCUUGCCAGUUAAGUGAAUGUAUGCAUACUGAACCGUAUUAUCCAAUGAACCAUUAGCUCCAAGCCACAUAAAGCUUACAAUUACAAUUACAUUAACAACUACAAUUACAAUUACAAUACGCGAUAUUUAAAAAAUAAACUAAACUACAAUAACAGUAACAGUGCAGUAACUACAUGGCUAUACAUACAUAAGUAAAAUAGCAAAUCCGAGGAAGUACGAGUAAAUGACGGCUUACCCCAACAUUCAAUCGAAUAUGCAUAGAAAUAGAAACUACAACCGCAAACUAAACCGAAGCUAAACGGUGUUGAGUGUAGGAAGGAAGCGGAGUGGACUUGGUGGUCCAAGAUGCUCCAGUCGGCUCCUUUCUACGCUCAGAAUCAAGGAGAAGCCAAUUCAGUAAAAUAUCUCAUCUAGUUGGAAAAACACUCGUACACAAACGCUUGCAUACUUAGAGCGGUAGAAAUAUAACCCAUACCAAUAUCCGUAACCACACCCACAACCACAACAACAGCCACACCGAUCGAAGAUCAAGUCAAUUCAGAAUACCAGUAAACCAGAAAACCAUAAAACCAAAAACCAUUAGUAUGAAUACAAAAGCAACAGACAGAAGUUUCCUUUGGCGACAAUUCCGACAAUUGUUUUUCCCACAAGCUCGAACUUCAACUCGAACUCAAACUACAAUAAAACAACUAUUAAGUUUUCCACUCUAGCCUAGUAAGAAAUGUACAUUUUUGUCUCCUGUACGUUCACUUGUACAUAUAUAAGCCAGGUGCCAGCACUAGAACUAACCCAAGCGGCAAGCCGAUUAAAUACACUCCUACACACACAUAUAUAUGCAAAGCAAAGUAACAGAAUAACAACAAAUUAAAUAAUUAAUAAUUUUAUGUAUUUGUGUAAGUGUCAACCAGAAAACUCAAAGGAAGCAAAACCAAAUCGAAAACGAAAACAAAUCCGAACCGAACCAAACCCAUUCAUUUCGUUAUACGUAAAUCGGAUAGCAAGAUCAUUGAAAUCAGUCAAAUGAAACCCGCACACACACAAAAACACAACACUGACACUCACACACACACACACUCAGACAGACAGACAGAAAAAAAACAAAGUAUUUUCAUAAUUAAAACAGAAAUGAUAUCGUGUUAUUAUUUAAAUAAAUAGAAUGUAUAUAAGUGAACCUUUGUA